GUUCUACUUCGGCAUCACUCGAAUCUCGGCACAAGUUUCAUUUUGUUACGUACGUUUUGUCACGACGAAAGGCCAGUGCCAAGAAGUCUGCAAGCAUGGUGUCCCUGCAGACUAUUGCGAGUAUAGUGAUCAAAGUGCUAAAGUUGGUUAUCAACCUCAUUGUGCUGAUCCUGUACCGUACAGGAUACGGUGGCGAGUUUCUAGGAGUAGGUGGAACUUGGAACUUGAAUGAGGAUAAGAAUCCCGAUGCCGAGAUCGUCGCUUCCGGCGUAUUCGUCGGAUUCUUCAUCUACACGAGCGUCGUCCUCGUUAGUUACUGUUUUGGAAACACCGAACAUAAAAAGACUCUUGUUGAAAUCAUCAUGAACUUUGUUGGAACUUUUAUGUUUGUGGCUGUGGGUGGAACAGCUUUACAUUACUGGCAUGGUUAUCAACCUGAACAAAAUUUCAUACAUGAUGCGCCAGAGAGGCAGAUCGGUCUGGCCGUAGGGUCGUUGUGCGUUUUGGAAGGCGCGGCAUACCUGAUAGAUUUAAUAUUAAGCUUUCUCCAUUACGCUAAAGACGAAUUAUAGAAGAGAAAGUAUUACAAACAUUAUUUUUACAGCGACAGUAUUUACAAAAAUUU